UUCAAGUCAUUCGACUUUGUUUGAUAGACUCUGCAAUCUUUUUUGCCAUCUCUAGAAAAAAGACAAAUUUCUUAAACAGCAGUACCAUUAAAUUGAGUGCAGUUAAAGUAAUACAAUUAUUUACAGUUUUUAAAAUCGGAGAUAUUUGAAGUGUUCACAUUUUGUGAAUAUUUUUAAUAAUUUGCCGAUAAACAAUGAAUCCUAAUAUGAAUAUGCAUAAUAUACAACAAAUGAACAUAUCACAAGUAGGCGGUCCAAAUCAAAUGAUGCAGUCAGGAGUCUCACCAGUUUCAAUGAUGCAGGCCUCCCCGCAACAGCAGAUGCAAGGCCAAAUGCAAGCUCAAGUAUCCAAUGCAGCACAGCAGCAACAACAACAACAACAGCAGCAGCAACAACAACAACAACAGGCUGAAAAAAUGGAUAAUAUAUUAAAAGUCAAAAGUUUACUCUCACCCUUGCGUGAGUCCCUUUUCCUAACAUUACGUACUGGAGCGUUUGCGCUACAAGAACACAAUUUAGCAGACAAUCUUAAACGUGACAGCGUAUCACAUGCCGGUAGAUUUGAAAAGCAUUUGGAAGAUUUCUAUGCAUAUUGUGACCAAAUCGAAUUACACUUGAAGACAGCUAUACAAUGCAUGCAACAGCUCUCAUCUGCACAACAUUAUUUGCCUAGUGCUGUGACACCCGCACGUAUCGAGCCAUAUAUGCAAGAAAAUCCAGGCGGCCCUAUGACAUACUCCACUUAUUUAAACAUUGUGCGAGUGCAUGUGCAAUCAGCGAAAGAUAUACAUGAUACUUUGAUUAGUGCAGCACAAAACAUUUCUCAGGCCGAUUGAUGAAUACUCUAAAAGAAAACUAGUCCUGGCAAUAACUGAAUACUAGGUGUAACAAAAAUUAAUUUUAUCUUUUGUUUUCUUAAAGGCCUUAUUACAAAUGGCUAAAUGUAAUUCGUAUUCGUAUAUGGUAUCUAUGUAUAUUCAUAUCAAGUAUAAAUAAAUAAAUAUUCCUAGUAUG